UUUCAACUGAUGUCAGUUUCUGUAGCUUUUUCCGCUGUGGAAAAUCUAGAGAGCUUGAGGUGCAAGUUUUCUUCUUCCACAAUUUGAUAUCAAUCUCUCUAAUCUCUUUCCCCUUCUCCCAGGUCAGCAACCACCCUGAACCUCUCGGCCUCCAGCAGCCCCAACCAUCGUCGUCCUUCAAAUCUGAUCUAGCAACAAAAAGUCAGGAAAAUAUAAUAAAGAGUAAUAAACAGAGUAGAGAAACUCUCACAUUAUCGAAGGCCAAUUAGCUAGGGAAAACAAAUGGAUGGAAAAUUCCCAAUCUCAGGCCCCUGCAAUGUGUUGUUCAACAACCAUGAAGACUGUUGGAUCACUCUUUUUUGCUUUGUUUUUUUGAUAAUUAUUAUUAGAUCGUUCAAGAGAAAGAAAACAAGCAUGAGAAAAGAAACUGGUCAGUCUUCACAUAACUUGUGUCUAAUCUGCAUGGAUGUAAAAUCUAGUGUAGAAAUGUUCAGAAACAUCACGUGUUCCCAUCCCUUUUGCAACAACUGUCUCGGAAAAUAUAUAACAACAAAGAUUCAGCAAAACAUAUCAAAGGUGGAGUGUCCUGAUCUCAAAUGUGAAAGUGUAUUGGAGCCGCAUCUUUGUCGUUCUAUUGUUCCAAAAGAAGUGUUUGAUAGAUGGGAAGAUGCACUUUGUGAAGCUUUGUUUCUCGAUGCGCAGAAAUUUUACUGUCCCUUUAAGGAUUGUUCUGUUUUGUUAGUCAAUGAUGGGGAAGAGGCUGUGACAAUGUCUGAGUGUCCCAAUUGCCAUAGAUUGUUCUGUGCUCAGUGUAAAGUUGCGUGGCAUGAUGGAAUGAAAUGUAAUAAGUUUCAGAAAAUAGUUAAGGAGGGAAGAGGGAGAGAAGACAUGAUGGCUAUGUUGCUUGCCAAGAAGAAGCAAUGGAGAAGAUGCCCCAGCUGCAAGAUGUAUGUGGAAAAGAUAUCUGGUUGUAUACACAUUACAUGCAGGUGUCGGUAUGAGUUCUGCUAUGCCUGUGGAUCAAAAUGGUCUUCGACUCAUGCAUGCAAUCCAGCUCGAGUUGGCCACUAAUUACAGAAAGAAGGUUUUGGGAUUCUCCCUUCUAUUAUCCUAAUAAUCGAAAUAUGUAAAUAUGAUUUUCGUUUUUUGUCUAUUGCUUUGUUUUGUUUUGUUAACAAAACUGAAACAAAAGCAAAGCAAAUCACUCUACGCCUCAUGGCUUAAUCAAAUAGUAGAAGAUCUAUGAAGGAAGAACUGAAACCUUGUAACCGGAUUUCUACUCCAAUAUAAAGGAAGCCUAGAAAUUAAGAUCUUGAUAA